AACGCUAACCGACCACCCCAUAGGUACUCCAGAUUUCACGGGUGCAACUUGAAGGCAUGAAUGAAGCCGUUGGGAAAACUAGCCGCAACCUCGGGAGGCACUGCUGCGUUUUGUGCUAGCAUCGUUCUUUCCGGAGUCGUUUCCGGUCGCUCCUUCCGAUACUUGCGUCUCUCCGUCGGACAUGGAGAACAUAAGUUGGAUGUAUAUAUCGCUCAGAUGGCUGUACCCCGUUUCCAAACAUUGGCCACUCUUUUAGCAUUGCAUUAUAGAAGCCUGUAUCGAUUCUGAUCGCGCGCAGUGUUAUCUCUCAUCACGUCGCGUCACACCACGACCAGCAUCAUGCCUAUCCCCACACAUUUCACCCUCAACACAGGCGCGCAGAUACCGGCUGUAGGCUUCGGCACAUGGCAAGCGAAGCCAGGAGAAGUCGAACGCGCUGUCGAGACGGCGCUCAAAGCAGGCUACCGCCACAUUGAUUGCGCUGCCAUCUACCGCAAUGAAGCCGAAGUAGGUGACGGCAUAAGGAGGAGUGGUGUUCCUCGCUCUGAAAUCUUCCUUACUGGCAAGCUUUGGAACACCAAACAUGCGCCAGAGGAUGUAGAAGCUGCUCUCGACAAGUCGCUUCAAGAUCUAGGCGUCGAGUAUCUAGAUUUGUUCCUGAUGCAUUGGCCAGUUGCAUUCAAUGGUGCCACAGGCAAGUGGUUCCCACUACGCGAGAGUGGUGUGUUUGACCUCGUCGACAUUGAUCCUGCAACUACAUACAAAGCCAUGGAGAAGCUACUUGACACCGGCAAGGUUCGCGCCAUUGGCGUAUCUAACUUCACUAUUCAACGCCUCAACGAUCUUCUAUCGAAGACUGAUGUUGUGCCAGCGGUAAAUCAGAUCGAAGCACAUCCAUACCUCCAGCAGCCUGCUCUCUUCGAUGUUUGCAAGAGCAAAGGUAUCUUGAUUGAAGCCUAUUCGCCUCUUGGAAACAACCAAACAGGGGAGCCGCGGACUGUCGACGACGAAUUAGUGGGCGUCUUAGGUCACAGAUUAGGUAUGGACGGCGGCCAGCUGCUUGCGAGCUGGGGUAUUCAGCGGGGCACUGUGGUCCUGCCCAAGAGUGUCACGCCGAGCAGAAUCAAGAGUAAUAUGCAGGUCAAGGAACUACCGAAGGAUGCUUUCGAUGAGCUGAGCGGUCUGGAGAGACACAAGCGGUUCAACGUACAGUCGCGAUGGGGUUUCGACAUUUUCGAAGAACUAGGCCAGGAGCAGGUGCGGAAAAUUGCGGAGGAUUGCGCUCAGGAGAACAAGACGAAAUUUACAGUUUAGAGGAUAACGCAGAUCAAGAACCUAGAAGUCUAUAAAGCUGUCAAAACAUAUGAACCAUUUGCUCAC